UCUACUGCAGAGUAGUGCGCGUGACGUCAAUGCUGGAGCGGUUCCUUGGCUCAGGAGGAGAAAUGGGGAGAAAAUUGCGAGUUCCAGUCAGCCCCUUCAUCCCUCUGCAUCUGAGAUGAGAAGAUCCAGGAGCCUCUGCUGCGUGAGGCCCCUCCGCCCCGUGUGAGCAUCCCUGCCACCCCAUCCCUCCCCAUCCCACUGAGGUGGUGGGCCCGGGAUGGCCUCUUUGGACCUGCCCUACCGCUGUCCUCGCUGCGGGGAGCACAAGCGCUUCCGGAGCCUGUCAUCCCUGCGCGCUCACCUGGAGUACAACCACACAUACGAGACCCUCUACGUCCUCUCCAAGUCCAACAGCGUGUGCGACGCUGCCGCGCUGCUCCCCCUUGUGGCGGCCGAUGGAGCGCUGUUAAAUCAAGCCACCGCCGCCGCUGCCGCCUCCCCCUACCGCGAGCUGACCUGCCCAGAGGACCUUGGCCUGACGCACUCCGCCACCCGCUACCUGCCCAGCGUGGAGUUCCCGCUGGGGGAGAUCCUGGUGAAGAAGGCCAUGAGUUCGGCCGACGGGCCCCCGAACCCCAACACGGCGGUGGCCGUGGCCGCGGCCAACGUGGCGGCGAGUGCGGUGGAGGCGGCCUACGAGGAGGGCCUGGCGCGGCUGAAGGCGCGGGCCUUCGAGCGGUUGGAGCUGGACGAGCGGCUGGAGAAGCUGUCGGAGGAGGUGGAGCAGAAGAUCGCCGAGCGCGUGGGCCGGCUGCAGGCGGAGCUGGAGAGGAAGAGCUCGGAGCUGGAGAGGGCCAAGGUGGAGAGCGAGCGCAUCAGCCAGGAGAAGCAGGACCUGGAGAGCAAGGCCACCGAGCUGUCGCGGCAGGUGGACGUCUCCGUGGAGAUGCUGGCCAGCCUCAAGCAGGACUUGGUCAACAAAGAGCAGGAGCUCUCGCACAAACAGCAAGAGGUGGCUCAGAUUGACCAGUUCCUCCAGGAGACGGCGGCCCGGGAGGCCAACGCCAAGGUGCGGCUGCAGCAGUUCAUUGAGGAGCUGCUGGAUCGUGCCGACCGCGCCGAGAAGCAGCUUCAGAUCAUCAGCAGCUGUGGGACCACGCCCAACGGCAGCCUGGGACGCUGCAGCAUACAGGGGUCAAAGGGCAAUGGGCGGCAGAGGAAUUCCAGUAUCUCUGGGACAUCCAGAGGCAUGUACCAGGUGUCAGACCGACACCCUUCCCCAAAUGCAGGCGUGUCAGGUCGUGUAAAGUCGGUGUCACAGGGCUCAGGUGGUGGCUACGACAGUGACAGUGUGGAGAUGCACCCCAUGGAUGAGUGUCUAGAGGCCCAGUACUACCACGUGCAGUGUCGUCUGGGGGAGAGCGGAGGCGGUGGAGGCUACGACCGGGCGGGGGCCUCACGCAGCUGGGGCCUUCGCAAACAGGCCAUCCAGAACUGGCAGCGGCGACCGUACCGCAACAGCACCGAGGGCGAAGAGGGGGACGUGUCAGAUGUUGGCUCCCGCACCACGGAGUCAGAGGCGGAGAUAUGGGAACAGGAGCGCCGCAUUCCCACAGACUGCCAACAGUCCAACAGGGCUGCAUAUCGCCUAGGUCGUUCUGAAGGCUACAAGCCAUGCCGUCACGAGAAGAGCCCCUCAAAGUCGAACGAGGUGAUCAGCCCAGAGGUGCUGAAGAUGAGAGCUGCCCUCUUCUGCAUUUUCACCUACCUGGACACCAAGACACUACUGCGUGCUGCUGAGGUCUGUCGCGACUGGAAAUUUGUGGCGCGACACCCGGCUGUCUGGACUCGUGUCCUCCUGGAGAACGCCCGCAUCUCCUCCAAGUUUUUAACCACGCUGGCCCAGUGGUGCACACAGACCCACUCCCUCAUCCUCCAGAACCUCAAACCCAGGCAGAGGGGCAAGAAGGAGACCAAGGAGGAAUACCUCAAGAGCACACGUGGCUGCCUUGAGGAGGGCCUGGAGUCGUUGCUGAAGGCGACUGGGGGAAACUUGCUGAUUCUAAAGGUGUCCCACUGCCCCAAUCUGCUCACUGACCGCUCUCUAUGGCUGGCCAGCUGCUACUGCCGCGCGUUGCAAGCUGUUACAUACAGGAGCGCCACAGAUCCUGUUGGGCAGGAGGUGAUUUGGGCUCUGGGUGCUGGCUGCAGAGACAUCAUUUCUCUACAGGUGGCGCCAUUGCAUCCAUGUCAACAGCCUGCACGAUUUAGCAACAGAUGUCUUCAGACCAUCGGCCGAUGCUGGCCACACCUACGUGCCCUGGGAGUAGGCGGAGCAGGAUGUGGUAUCCAAGGCCUGGCGUCUCUAGCACGGAACUGCAUGAGGCUGCAGGUGCUGGAGCUGGACCAUGUGAGUGAGAUCAACCAGGAAGUGGCUGCUGAGGUCUGCCGAGAGGGACUAAAGGGGCUGGAGAUGCUGGUCCUCACCUCCACACCGGUCACACCAAAGGCCCUGCUGCACUUCAACAGUGUGUGCCGCAAUCUGAAGUCAAUUGUGGUGCAGAUUGGUAUUGAAGAUUACUUUGAAGACCCCAACAGUCCAGAAGCCAGGAAGCUUUUUGAUGAGAUGGUCAACAAGCUGCAGGCACUGAAGAAACGUCCAGGUUUCUCCAAAAUACUCCAUGUGAAAGCCGAUGGUUUGUGCUAACAGCCAGUUCACUGGUGAAAGCCACCUAUAGGCACUGCCCCACCUGCCCCUGACUCCAUGUCCUUACUGCCUGUUGAGGGGAAGUGUACUGGCCUUAGAGAACAGACUCAGAAGACAGCAAGGCAACACACUGAGAGCGAGUACCAACAACAACCGAGGUGGUUUUCUCAAAUGGACCUGCACUCACACCAUGCAGAACACCAACACUUCAUUGUGUCAUUUGAACGGACUUUAGUGGACAAUCUUCGACUUUUUGACUUCUUGCCAAGCAGACCUUAUAUGUAAACUUCAUUCAGUGUGAGACUACGUUAAUACAUGACAACAUAGAGCUCCUUUGCAAACUAGGAAAUCAAUACUAAAUGACGACAUUGGAACUCAAUCAUUUUGUUGGGUUCUGCUGGUUGCAUCUAGUGUCUUGCAGACAUUUCUUUGAUGGAGCACAUGUUAAGAUUGCAGACAGAGGGGUAGUGUGUCUUGGUUUGCGUUGAGUUAAGUCUCAGGAGUGAUUGCUCUGACUUACAAUUUCUUCUCUGCUCCUCUUCAGCACUGGCUGUCUGACUGAAUAAACAAAGACGUUAUGGAUGUGAGUACAGUGACAUGCAGUAUGGAUGUGAGUAUGGAUUUUGCUGUGUGUGUGUGUGUAUGUGUGCGUGCGUGCGUGCGUGCGUGUGUGUGAGUGAGUGAGUAUGGAUUUUGGUGUGAGUGAGUGAGUGAGUGAGGGUGUGUGUGUGUGUGUGUGUGUGUGUGUAUGUGUGUGAG